AUGAAUUUGGAAUACAGACUGGACGAAGUAGUAUGGGCUGACUUUCAUGGCGGCGCCGAGCUGAGCCCCAAGGAACAUGCUUUAACGCGCAGUGAACGCUACAAAAUAGUUAAGUACCGCAUCAGCAAGGCAUUGAUUGAAAGCAGCGAUAAUAUCCCAACGAGUGCUGAGACUUUCGAAGACGAGCAGAAAUGGCAGGAGAUGAGGACACGCAUCGACUGGAUCAGCCAGGUAUUGACAGAUGCCAAACACGAGUAUGAUCAAGAUUAUCAAUAUAGGGGACCGAUGGAAUAUUACAACCCUGAGCUAGGCUAUAUGGUCGGAGCAGAUGGUGAUUACAUGGUUGGAGAAUAUGGUGAAAAUGCCGAAUGGACAGGCCUCGAUGAUCUCUCUGAAUCGGAAGACUCUGCUUGGGAGUCUGACAACUCUGCUUCAGAAUUGAAUGAUCCUGCUUUUGAAGAGCAUGUGGACCAUCCACCUUCAUCGCCAGAAAGCGAGUAUUUUAUCGACCCAUCCGCUAUCCAGUGGCUGGGUGAUACAGAGAUGGCGGACCCAACGACACCGACAGAGACCUCUGGACCUGAGGUAAACGAAAUUCCGGUACCUAUGGAAGUGGAUAAUGGGUUUAGUGAAGCAGAAGACGAGGCGUGGAUUUACACGACUGAUGGUAGACGAUAA